GUCAGUUUGAAAUUACGAACAAAAUAAUCGAUUCUAAUCAACGAUUUUAAAUCAAGUUGCUAUACCAAAAUUUUUACUAUCAAAAUUCUGCGUAGAGCAUGGACUCAGAAGAUAAUAUCGGCUAUCAGUUAGCGGAAAAUUUUAUAUUCUUUCAAGAUAUCGUUAAGAAGCCCGAAGAAGUGUUCGACUGCCGCUCGCAAGAAUACAAAUUAGCAAGCGCUUGGCUAAACAAAUUGUCUAUGUUUGGCUUCGAGACGAUCGAGGAUAUGCGACUGCGCAAUGUUUAUAUGAGUCAUCUAGUCGCAUGUCUGAAUUACGGUAAACUUACUGGACCCUUCACUGCAAUGCCCAGUCCGGACGGCGUGCUCGACAAAAGCGACUUUCAAGCGCAGGAUAAGCCACGUCAAGCAGUCUGUCCACGACCAAAGCCCGGCAUGUCGGCCUCACAAAAGGCUUGUCUCAACCCCAAAGGAGGCGGCGGUCGGCCCUGUGAAUGUGAUUAUGUGUGUUGUGACCAAAACGAGCAGAAGAAAGAUUGCAGCGGCAUGGGCGCAACCUCGACGUUCGAUCAGAUUUGCGGCUAUAUGAUGCAGUAUGUGAAUGUGCCCACUUGCUUGGACAGCCAGCUGCGCGCAACAGUCGAACACAAUCAAUACCAUGCGCACGAUGUGUUGCCGAACUGUGCGGAUGCUGCUGCCGCAACAACAUCGGCGGGUUUUUAUGGCCACAAAGCGGAUGAGAAAUGUGUUGGUGGCGCUUUUGUUGCGGCGAGUAACUGUACAACUUGCGGUGAGAACAUGGAACUCGAUCAUGAAUUUGUGCGCAGCCAAAUAACGUCAUUACUGGACGCCAUCGCAUCCGAAUUGCGUGGCGAGCAGUCGCCGGGCACGAAUGAUUAUCUGGAGUAUGAGCUGGCGCGCUAUAAAAACUUCAAACUGCAAUUUCCCCAGGUGGCGGAGAAGAUAGCCAAGUUGAAGGCAGAGCAGUCGCUACGGUCGUAUUUCUUGCUGAAUUUGCAAAAUGAUCUCGUGAAGUUGCUGAACGACUGUUGCUUGCAGCCCGAAGUGAAUAUGAGGCCGACAUACAAUAUGCAUUAGU